CACUUAUUGGCACUGAUAGGUGGCACUGAUUGGCAGCACUAAUAGGUGGCACUGAUUGGCAUUGAUAGGUGGCAUUGACUGGCACUGAUGGGUGACAUUGAAAGGCAGCUCAGAUGGGCACUGGCACGUGGCACUGAUGAGCACUGGCUGCUGGCACUGAUGGACACUGACAGGUGGCACUUCUGGGGCCACACUGAUCAUCAGGGCACACUGAUCAUCACCGAUAACCGGCAUUUCCGUGUUUACAUGUGAUCAGCUGUGAUUGGACACAGCUGAUCACAUGACCGAGCCGACAU